GAAUAAAAACAUCUCAUUAUGUUUUUAUCAAAAGAAAUUAAAUAAAAUAUCCUGCUCCCAGUUGUUUAAUUUGAAUACUUCAUAAAGCAAUCAAAUUUGUAUUCAUGAUUCGUAAUCACGAUGUGUCUUGCAAAGAAAUGUGAUAAGCUUGUUAGUCAUAUCGUUUGGCUGUGAUUUUGUUUGAGCGUAUUUUUGAACAUCUGAGAAAAUAAAGUUAUUGUUCUUAUUUCUGAUUUUCUUCAUAAGCAAUCCCAGGUUAUGGACAAUGCAACUUUUUUAAUAGCCCUUUUACUACUUCAAUGUGUUUUCAUCUCUCAACAAACGGAUGUUAGCAGGGCGUCCACUGGGGAUAUAAUGGGUGCAACACCAUGCCCUGGUGCAACUGCUAUAAUCAGAUCAGAUAACACACAGUCAUUUGACUGUUUCACCAGUAUGAAAGCAGAAGGUUGCAAUCUGCAGUUUGUUAAUGAUCCGGACAGUGUAGGAUUUGUUGAAGUUAACGACACCAAAGAACUUGAGAUAAACGUCCCAGCAAAUCCUCACCAGGAAGCGACAGAAGAAUGUAAAAAUCAUUCACUUGGUAGGAUUGAAGUUCUGGUGGAUACGCAUAACACUAAUCAGUCUGUGUGGGAUGCCAACAUAGGUGAAUAUGCAGUAAAGAACACCACAACCUUUCGUUUACUUGGUUUACAACCACAGCUGCAUGCGUACAUUGGCUUUAAGGAGCAUUGGGGUGGUUUAUUGAUCAAACUCUUUUUGACUUGUCUGGAUAAAAAUGAUACUAAUAUGAAGGAUGGUGCGGACAAAAGAUGUGUCUUUAUCAAAUUUGGUGGUAAACUAACUUAUCCGCUUUCUGGGGACAAAUACUUUCCUUACGUCCCAUCAACAACAACAACAUCAACAGUAACAAAAAUGGCAACAACGAGAGACACUUUAAUAACAACAACAGCAGGGUCAUCCGUGAGUCAAAAAAAAACGACAUCAACAAAUAAAACUUUAACAAAAGAAACUACUCCACAAACAUCAAAAGCACAACCUUCUUCAGUACAACCCAAAACAACUACAGCAGCAACACCUAAACAAAACAAUACUGCAGCAUCGGCGCCAUUGAUGGGCGGUGGGGGAAACGACUUAGUGAUGAUCUUUAGCAUAGUUGCAGCAAUUAUCAUUCUACUGAUAAUCAUAGUUCUUAUUAUUGUAUUGUGCUUAUGCAAAACGAAAAGGAAUAGGGAUGAGAAAUCAAGUUUUACUAAAGAGAAAACAGUGACCGAGCAUCAUUAUUAUCACAAUGGUGUCACAAACAAGACAUAUCAGACAGAUGACGAACACAUCAAUACGCUAUUCAACAUGGACGUCAAUACAGAAAACGAGUUUUACAAAUUGGAUGAACUACCUGAUGGUCAACCAGAUAAAGAAGAAGAUACCGUAUGUUCUUCAGCCUUUAUAUACAUGGGGCCAACUUCUGAUCAUCCGGAGAAACAAAAUGAAAACGAAAGCGCUCUCAGUGAUGACAUACAUCAAGACGAACCAUUAUCAAAUGGAUUUGCACCUGUAGAAUUGGUCAUACCAGCUGAAGCUAUUAACAAUGAGUAUAAUUUGAUAUAAAAUUAAAAUUUGAGAAUGUUUUGUUGUUAAGAUGAUCUCGUGGUGAACAUCUGAAAAUGUAUUUAUUAUUUUAUUUUAUUUGCCAGCAUGAUUUUUAUCACAAUUUAUAUUUUGUAUUUAUAGAACACCUUAGUUUAUCAAAAUUUGGUAUACUAAUUCAAACCACAUUACAGAAUGACAUUUUUUUUAAUUUUUUCACGUUUUUGAUUGCGCGUAAGAAAAAUUCUUAUUUCGGUUAGGAAAAACUUUUUUUUUAUUAUUAUUUCUUUUGUGUCUAUUGCAAAGCAUGUAAUUUUAUCUUUGUUUUUGUUUUGCAAAAAAAACUGUCUACCACAUCUUAGACUGUCAUUUUCAUAUGAAUACACUCAUAGAUUUUAGAAUAGAUCUUAUAUUACUUAAUAACGAAUAAUGUUGCGCCGAAGAUUUAUUUCACCUCUCACAUAGCAAUUUCAUUACUCCGUGCUAAAAUGCAGACCAAAAGGCACGAACUACUAAUGCGCUAAAUUUGGAAGACCGGAAUAGGAAAGGCAGGCAAACUCGCGGAUCUUUCCAUCGACUGAAGACUAC